UUUUAUAUUUUUAAUUAAUUUAUAUUAAUUGUUCUUUUUUAUGUACAUCAAAAAAUAAAAUAAUUUUGCUUCGUACAACGUUGAUAUCUCAUCCAUUUAAAGUUUCAUAAUCGUAUCGUUGUAAACAAUUUUUCAAAAUGGCCACGCUUGGUCGUCUUGUGUCACAAAUUAGAAAAAGUUUUAUCGUUACAAAUUAUAAUAGAGCAAUAUCAUUAUCUGCGACAGCACGCAUUAAAGAAAUAAUCGAAAAAAAGGAUGGAAAUAAUAUAAUUAUUGAAUCUGUUAUAUGUCCUAGAAAAGAUGAACACUUAUUGAUGAAAUUUAAAGAAGGAGCUUGUCCUAUAUGUUCCAUCGGUCUUGAUGUUAAAUAUACUGAUGUUCUCAUAUUAAGUCAAUUUGUUAGAUCAGAUGGAUGUAUGUUACCACGUAGGAUUACUGGUUUAUGUAAAACGCAACAAAAAAGAAUAACUACUAUGGUUGCUAUGGCACAGAAAGCAGGUUUAAUGUCUAAUUUAACUCCGGCAGGAAGUAAAAAAGAUCCUACAAAAAGAUAUUACUGGAAAAAAUUUAACACAUAUUACGAUGAGAAAACUAUUAAAUAUAAAUAUCUAUAAUUGUUAAUAUUAUAUAAAUAUCAAGAGACAUAUAAAUAUUUUAAUCUG